AUGGCUGGUCCCGCAAAGUCACCCGCAGAACAGCCCUCAAAACCCGCUGCUUCUGCUCCACCCUCUUCUUCUUCCGAUGCUGAGCCUUUGAAAGACCAAAAACCUCUUUCUAAGAAGCAACAGCAACAACAAGAAGAAGAGCUGUCAGAAGAAGAUGAGAAGCUGAAAAAUGAACUUGAAAUGCUUGUUGAACGCCUCAAGGAACCUGAUACCUCCCUCUAUGCUCCAUCCCUCGAGGCCCUCAAAAACUUCAUCCGCACUUCAACUUCCUCAAUGACAGCCGUCCCUAAGCCCCUCAAGUUCCUUAGACCCCACUACCCGGACCUUGUCAAGCUUUACGACACUUGGCCUGCAUCCCUCAAGCCUCUGCUUGCAGAUGUUCUAUCCGUCCUUGGUAUGACCUACUCCGGCGAUGGCAACCGUGAUUCCUUAAAGUACCGUCUUCUGGCAUCUCCAGAUCUUAGCACAAAACCAUCCACUACAACAUCAGCAUCCUCCACGUCGAUAUCAGACGAAGAUGACAUUUCCAGCUGGGGCCAUGAAUACAUGCGCCACUUAGCCCUCGAAAUUGGCGAAGAAUAUUCUCUCCGCACAGAUAACGACGAACCUACAGACGACCUGCUCGCUCUUUCGCUUAAAAUUGUCCCUUAUUUUUUGAAGCAUAAUGCCGAAGCUGAUGCUGUUGACUUGCUCAUGGAGAUUGAGAAAAUUGAAUACCUCCCCCAGUUUGUCGACGCAACUACUUUUGCUCGCGUGUGUCUUUACAUGGUCUCAUGCGUCCCCUUGCUCCCACCCCCAGAUGACUUGGCUUUCCUUAACACCGCCUACAAUAUCUACUUUACUCAUGGCCAAUUGACCCAAGCUCUUGCCCUUGCCAUCCGCAUCGACAAUGAAGAGUUGAUUCGUGCUGUUUUCGACGCCACCUCCGACACACUUGUCCAAAAGCAGCUCGCCUUUAUUCUUGCAAGACAACAGUACUGGCUUGAUGUUGAAGAUGAGGAUGUCCAAGAGUGCCUCUCAAAUAACCUUCUUACCAAGAACUUUUUGUAUCUUGCCAAGGAGCUUAACCUCAUGGACCCCAAGGACCCUAAAGAUAUUUACAAAUCCUACCUUGAUGCAAGUGCAUACCCUUCCUCUCACACCCUUGCCUCGGCAAAGCAAAAUCUUGCUUCGUCCUUUGUCAAUGCUUUCCUCAACUGUGGCUACAACAAGGAUAAGCUUUUGACAGUUGAGUCUGAGCGUGACUCGUGGAUCUACCAGACCAAGGACAGCGGUCUUACUUCCACAACUGCCAGUUUGGGUAUGAUUUACCAGUGGAAUCCAACAGAAGGUCUGCAGUACCUUGACAGAUACUUGCAAUCCACUGACAAGAAUAUCAAGGCAGGUGCCAUUUUGGGUAUUGGUGUGGUCAACGCUGGCAUCCACGACGAUAUCGAUCCUGCUCUUGGUCUUUUGGACGAAUACCUUGACGAAACUGAGGACUCCACCAGUGGCGAGAACUCCAACCAAGCAUCUGCUAUCCUUGGUCUUGGUCUUGCUUACGCUGGCUCUCGUCGCCAGGAUCUUCUUGAGCGUCUUUGCCCUAUCAUUUCUGACUUGUCUCAGUCAAUGCACGUUUCCUCUCUCGCAGCCCUUGCCCUGGGCCACAUUUUCGUUGGCUCUGCCAAUGGUGAUAUUGCCUCUACCAUUUUGCAAACUCUGCUUGAACGCUCUCCUGAGCAGCUUUCCGAAAAGUGGACCCGAUUUAUGGCCCUUGGUCUCGGUCUGCUUUACCUCGGCAAGUAUGAGCGCACAGAAGAGGUUUUGGAAACCAUCAAGGCCAUUGAGCACCCUAUAUCAUCUGUAGUUGAUGUGCUUGUUACCAUUUGCAGUUAUGCAGGCACUGGUAACGUUCUUCAGAUUCAAAAGCUUUUGCACAAUUGCACAGAAAAAGUUGAAACUGAAGAGGAAGAGGAAGAAGAUAUCUCACUCUCUGGUGUUUCUGCUGCUGUCGCUGCCGCUGCUGCUGCUGCCGCCGAGGAUGGUGCUGAUGAUGAUGAAGAUGCUGCUGUUGCUGCUGCUGCCGCUGCUGCCGCUGCUGACACCACUAACGCCACCGAGGAGAAGGACACAGAAAAAACCUUAUUUGACAGUCAAGUUCAAGGGUUCUCUGUUCUCGGUCUGGCCACCAUUGCCAUGGGCGAAGAAAUUGGCCAGGAAAUGGUUCUUAGACACUUUAGUCACCUCAUGCACUAUGGUGAAGCCCACAUUCGACGAUCAGUUCCUCUUGCUAUGGGUCUUGUGUCUGCUUCCAACCCUGAGAUGAAGGUCUUUGACACUCUUUCCAGAUAUUCCCACGACUCUGAUCUCGAGGUGGCCAUCAAUGCCAUUUACUCGAUGGGUGUUGUUGGUGCCGGAACCAACAAUGCUCGUCUUGCACAACUGCUGCGCCAGCUGGCGUCAUACUAUGCUCGUGAACCUAACUCUCUCUUCACGGUCCGCAUUGCUCAGGGUCUGCUGCACAUGGGUAAGGGCACCCUGACACUGAGUCCCUUCAACACAGAGCGCCAGAUUUUGUCACGCGUAUCACUUGCUGGCUUACUGACUGUUGCCGUUGCAUGGAUGGACCCACGCGAGUUCAUUCUUGGUACAUCACACUCUCUCCUCUACUUUUUGACCUCGGCCAUUCGCCCCCGUAUGCUUGUCACUGUUGACGAGAACCUCGAGCCUAUCAAGGUCAAUGUGCGCGUUGGUCAGGCCGUCAAUGUGGUUGGUCAGGCAGGUAAGCCAAAGACCAUCACUGGCUGGGUUACACACUCGACGCCUGUGCUCCUUGGCUACGGCGAGCGUGCGGAGCUUGAAGAUGAUGAGUACACGAGUUUAAGUCAUGUGCUGGAGGGUAUUGUUAUUCUUAAAAAGAAUGAGGAUAGAAUGGAUGUUGAUAAAUAA